AUUAUCGAAUUGAAGGCAUGAAAGUGCUGCAACUAUAUAUACGAUUUCCACUGUUUCAUUUUUGCAGCGACGAAAUUCCAGCUGUCAACUGUCAAACGAUGUCUUUGAACAGAACACAAGAUACACACAGUCAGUCAAAUCAACAAGAACUGGAUGCAGAUUGGAGCAAAACGAAAUGGCGACAUCGCAAAAAGUGUGUGAGAUUUGUAAAUUUAGCGAUAGAAAUGAUUUGGACUUGGGUGAAUGGAAGACAUCAGAAGACUGUACUAUUCAUCUGUUUUGUGCGUUGUUAUCGACGAAUGCAGUCCAACGAGGCGAAGACAAUGAAGGUAUCGAUGGAUUCUUGGUUACUGACAUUCGAGACUUAAAGAAAUAUCAUAAAAAAACCAAAUGCUAUUAUUGCAAAAAGCCUUCUGCAACAGUCAAAUGCAAGUAUGAAAAAUGCAGACGUUAUUUCCAUGUAAAGUGUGGAACAGAGAACAACUGUUUGUUCCAAUUUGAAGGUCAAUUCCAUUCGUAUUGUCAUCUUCAUGUUGAUAUCAAAGAGAAAAAUACAAUCCAUGGUGAUUUUUGGUCGUGUCAAAUUUGCAAAGAACCCAUGGGUCCGUACAAUCCAAUAACAAGCAUUCCAUCAUGCUGCAAUCAAGGCUUUUUCCACCGAACAUGUAUACAGAAGCAUGCAAGAGCAGCUGGCUAUUUGACAAAAUGUCCAUGUUGUGGAAACGAUUCCGAUACUGAUAACAACGAGUACAGACAGUUUCUCGCACAACGUGGCAUUUUCUGCCCAGAUAAGGAUGCAGAUUGGGAACUAUCGCAAAAUGCAUACCAUUCAUUAUUGGAUGUUCACAACCAAUGCGACGCCAGAAAUUGUCUGUGUCCUAAUGGACGACAACAUAAUGCGCGUGGCGAAUGGCGUUUGCACAAGUGCCUUUACUGUGGACAAAAGGGUAUUCACAAUGGUUGUCGUCCGACUGAUACGAACAACGACUUCAUAUGUAACGACUGCAGCGGGAAAUCGACUCCAUUAA